UCUCAUUCUCCCGACGACAGUCACAACGAAUACAACCAAAUUAAUACUUGUCUUUUCGGUUAAAGAUAUCAAAACUUUUCUUCUGAUUUCCCUUUAUUGAUUUAUUUUUUGUCGGAAAUGGAGACCAUGCGAAACAAGAACGCUCCACGAGUUAAAUACUCCCCUCCUCCGAAGGUGGAAUCGGAUACGGAACUUAAGUUCACCGACGACGAGAAGAAGACAAUUACCGAGCUAAAGCAGCUCUAUCUGGAGACCAUAAACUUGGACGUUAAUCUCCAGCGCGAGAUCUACAACUUGGAGAAGGAAUACGAGGACAAGCAUAAUGUCAUUUUCGACAAGCGCAAGAAGAUCCUGGAUGAAUUCAGGAAGCAAAACCAUGGUGACUCGGAACCAAGCCAAAGCGUUCCUAACUUCUGGCUGAAGGUGCUUAAAUCUUCUUAUACGGAGUUUAUUAGCAAGAAGGACGAGAAAAUAUUGGAGUGCUUGUGCGACAUUCGCUCCCGUCUUCAUAACAAGCCGGUGGUGAAGUUUGACAUCGAGUUCCACUUUGACCCCAAUGAUUACUUUACCAACACUGUUCUGACCAAGACAUAUUACCUCAAUUGUCUACCCGAUCCUGAGGAACCACUUGCUUAUGAUGGCGCCGAGAUCUACAAAUGCGAGGGCUGCGAGAUCCACUGGAAGCAGUCCAACGACCGUGAGAAGAAGGACGGAUCGCAGGAAACACCAUCAUUCUUCGACUUUUUCUCGCCGCCUAUUUUGCCAAACGACGUCGAGGAUCCCAACUAUUGCGAUAUCAAUGCCAUUUUGCAAAACGACUUCGAACUGGGCUUUUACCUUAAAGAGCGUGUGAUUCCAAAGGCGGUGAUCUUCUUCACCGGCGAGAUAGCCGAUUGUCAAAGCUCCACCGAAUCUGAGUCGGAGACUGACGAUACCGAGGAUGAGUCGGAUGCCGAGGAGCAAUCUUCCAAUAGCGCUGACAAGUAAACUCACAUCCUCAAUUUUACACAUUUUUUUCAAUUUAUAUACAUAUUUUUAACUUCACACACACCCCGAAGCACCGGGUAAAACAUGGUCUGUCCUUACGAGCUAAAAAAACUACCAAAUAAGCAUUUCAUUAAACGUAUAUACCAAAGGGA